UUCUAAAAAAACUGGGUCCUCGGUAUAUUGGUCCUUUCGAAAUUGACUCUGUUGUUAACCCGGUGGCAGUUAAACUUCGGCUCCCUCCCGCCAUGAAAGUUCACCCUGUAUUCCAUGUCUUCUUGCUCAAACCGGUUUCCUCCAGCCCUCUGUGUCCUCCAGCGGUGCCUCCUCAUCCUCCGCGGGUGGUUGAUGGCGAGCCAGUGUACACGGUGGGUGAAAUAUUGGAUUCCAGAAGGGGCAGAGGUGUGCAGUAUUUGGUCGACUGGGAGGGUUACGGCCCUGAGGAGCGUUCCUGGGUUCCCCGCUCUUGGAUCUUAGAUCCGUCCCUGCUCCGGGCCGUCCACUCUUUCCACCCGCAGAAGCCGGGUGGUCCGCCAGUGUCUGGCUGAGCGAAGGUGGGCGUUGACAUCGGUGACGCACCUCUCAUGCAUUGUAAUCAUCAGCCUUUUUUCGGGGGCACCGUGACAGUGUGUGGGCGUCGGAAUAUUCACUCGUUUUUUGCCCCGUGUUUGCUGACCGCUGUCCAAAUGUAGGUUCUCUACGAUUAUACCACGACCUUUUGUCGUGUCUCCGUUAUCUGCGUUAUCUGUUUUU